UCUCUCUCUCAAGAUGGGCCAUGCAAAACCACCCUGGUUUGCUGGUCCCCAGCACUUCUCUCUUUCCCUCUCCUUCACCCUCGCGGCCUCUCUCCUCACGGCCUCUCUCCUCGCUCUGGUUUGUUCAUGGAGGCGACCACCUCUCUCUCUCUCUCCCUCUUCUUCAUGGAGAGAAUCGGUAGCACCAAAAAAAUCCAUGGUAGCUGAGCUCUAGAGAGUAAAUUGUUACCAAAACCCCCAAGAUUCAAAGCGUUCAGAAAAUUUUUUCAUAUCCGAGGUGCAUACAAAUAAAAAGAGAAAAACUUGCGCAUUCUGUUUCUAGUUUGGUCAAAUGGACACAAAUGAUGUUCCUAAUGCCUCAUUGCAGCUGCUUCAUCAAGUCGAAAAGAGGAUCGUUCGUGUUUUAGAGCUUGCUGGUGGAGUAAUGGAGGAAUUGGCAAAUGGAACAGGUCCCAGAAUGGAAGUUCUUAAUAAUUAUUGCCGGGAGUUCAUGCAAUCCAUUAAGGAGAUUCAGAUGAUGUUGCGGCAGGAAAUUAAAAGUGCAUGUGAUUAUCGGCCAUUCGAGAAAUGCGAUUACAAUUCCAGAAUUUCAAAUGAGAUGUGUUGCAAGAAGCUCAGCAUGAUUAUAGGACGGCUGGAUGGCAUGAAACAGACUAUAGAGGAGUAUAACAAGGCAAAUUGAUUUUCGAUAAUGUCGUAUCUUCUUCUUCUCCUUACUUCUUUAUAUGUGAAUGAUAGAUCAUUACAGAGGAAUGAUAUGCCAAUCAAAAUGAUGCCCACGACAUGCAUGUUAUUUCAGUCAUGGUUAGUGGCAAUGUAUAUUUACCUAGUGCAUAUGAUAAUGCAUACAGAUUGUUUUUCCGACAAAGAAUCGAGAAACAAAAAUCUUCGAAUGCCUCGGAGGCUGAGUUUCUUUUCUUCUUCUAGUUUUCCAUUAUAGGAGGUUGGUUGUGACUAUUGGUGACAAAAAUUUUAUUUUGUCGUGUCCUGAAAUACAUGGACGUCAUCUAGAGAA